GCUCUGCCUCCGCUCGAAAAGAAGAAGACCUUGGUGGUGCCGCUGCUCUCUGCCCCUGAUAAUGACAUUCUUAACGCAGAGGACAUCACCCAUCAAUCACCUGCGAGCAUGGUCGCAGAGAUAAUUCAAGAGCGGAUGUUUGGUGGAGUUGCGGAGGCUUCAGAUCCUCGCCUGUUGGCUCUCUCUGGCCUUUUGGCCAGCUCUACUUGAGAACAGGUGGCCUUCCAGGCUCAAUCCGGAGAUUGACUUGGGGACACUGCCCGGGAGCUGCUCUUGAUGACAACAGGCAUUUUUAUGGAGAUGGAUUCCCAGGAUCGUGCUCUCAUGGACUCUGUGGACCGUCAUAUUAAGGAGGCGCGUCUUGAGGAGAACUUGUCGGCAACUAGCGAUGCCCGGAGCAACCUAGCCACGGCCCAUGAGCAUGCCAAGUCCCUAGAAGCGGAGUUGUCUCACACCCGGAGGGUUCUCAAAGAAUCUGACGAGAGGGCAGCUGCAGCUGAGGUCCGCUGUGAAGAAGUCUUGAAGCAGCUGUCCUCCAUGGUAGAGGCCCUUCGUGAAAAAGACGAGGCUGUGAGCCAGAGAGACAAGGUCUGGCGUCAGUACGAGGCCCUGAAGGCUGAUUUCGACAGAGCUCAGGCUCAUCUUGCCAAGGUGAAGAUUCAGAUGAAGGGAGCAUUAGCUCGGGUUGAGGUUCUUGAGCAGGAGCUGAGUAAGAGUUCUGACCGUAUCAGAGAUCUGGCCUCAGCGGCAGAGGAGUCUGAACUUCACAAUCAAGCGCUCCGUCAUGAGGUCAAGACUUUGGAGCACAGAUGCUCAGCCCUGCUCGAGGAUGCUAGACUUGUUGAAGACAGGAUUCAACUCGAGUGUGAGAGGCGCCUGAUGGAGUAUAAGGAGUCCCCCGAGCUGAAAAAAGAGAUCGAGCAGGCCUGUGAAGCUCGCCUCCAGGAUUACAAGAGUUCUUCUGAAUUUAAAGCCAAAGUAGCUGAGGCCUGCGAGGAGCGACUUGCAGAAUUUAAAGCUUUUGACGAGAUGAAGGCAACCGUAUGGAAUAAAAGCUUCCGUAUGUUCGUCUCCGGAUACAACCGGGGAUUAAGGAUAGCCAGAUACACUCCCUCCACCCCGUUAGCUAAACUCCAAGCUGCAAAGGUAGACUCUGAUGGCGAGGAGGUGCUUUACGGGGAGGACGACAGGCCCUUGCCCAAAGGGGCCUCUCGCACCGCAGCUAGGUCUUCUGGGGCAGAACCCGAGCUAGAAGAUGAAGAUGUUGGUCCUCAGGGACAGGAGAUCAUGCCUUUCAUAGGCACUGGAGGGUCUAAGCAGGAGGGUGAUGGGCCUCCCAUGAGCGGCAGUGUAAAUAAUGUAGGUGUAGACAGUGCAGAUGCUAGGGUAGAUGAUAAUGCCCCUAGGCGUCUUCAUUGGGCUACUUAUUCUGUUAAACAAUCUAACUUGUCAAUAAUGAAACACUUAAACUAUGUGCUUCGUAAUUUCUCUAAGGAAUCCACUAUACUGUUUUUUCCUUUUUGCCUUCAGGCCCAUCAGAACUAA